UGGCUGGCUCGAGGCGCCUGUCUGAGGGUCUCUAACCAAUUGUAUGACAGAUUCGGGCGCGUGGACAGCGCAUGGGGCUAUGGGGAAAGUAUAUGUAGUGGUGAAAAAUGGCAAUAAACGUCUCCUGUUCAAGAGCCAUCAGGAGUCCAUGUCUUUCAUCCCUUCAAAUGAUGACCCCGACGUGAUAGGGGAGGAGCAGCGCUGCACGAGCGUCCGAAGAGAACCCAGCCGAACGAGUCAAGCUCGCAGCUGGACUGCAGCUUCAACCCCGGGACAUCACCUGAAGGACAGGUCACGGACCAAGAUGGGUACCAGCAAGGGGGGUAAGGCCAUGGUUGGCCUCCUCCUCACAAUCGCCGCUGUCAUCGGUUAUUGCCAGCCCUGGGUCUCCACCCAACCACGCCGCAACAUCUGGGUCACCCUCACCAACAUGACAGGACAAGAAGCGAUGUGCCUGUCCCUGGCUAGUGCUAACAACCCGUUUACGACAUGUCUGGUGGGGAACCCGGCAGAUAACAAAGACUGGACUGUCUACUUGCCGCAAGCGCCCCUAGAGCCACAGGAAUUAGAUAUCCUGGGAAGUGUAACAGCAACAGCAUGUGGAAGGUUCAAUUGCUCGGGCAAAAACCAAAUCAUGAAACAAAUGGUCAACGCCACACUUGCUCCUUAUUGCAAUGCAUCUCUUUGGUGUAGUUAUACAAAACUAUAAUAGCAUCCUUCCUUGCGCCAGGAGCCGC